AUGAGACAAAGCCAAGAGGGGAGAGCACUUAGACAAUUCACUUUGAGUACAGGGAAGUCUGCUGGUAGGAAUUCCUCAGGGCGUAUUACGGUUUUUCCGGGGGGUGGAUCGAAGCGAUUAUAGUGAAGAAUUGAUCUGAAACGAAGCACUUCGUCUAUGGGCAUUGUAGAAAGGAUAAAAAAUGAUCCUAAUCGUUCUUCUUGGAUCGCUCUAGUAUGAUGGAUCGAGAGGUUGCAGCUAUGCCAGCAGAGGAAAUGCAACACGAUAGAGGAGUUCGCUCCGCUGUGUAAGAUCCUCGAAUCUACCACGACCACCAUCCGUGGCCUAUUUUCGUUCUCUUCCUUGCCCGGGAAGGUGGAUCAAAGAAAGGUAGCUUGCUUCACUUCUGGAUUGAUGGCUUAUGUAGUGGUCGGCCUUCCUACCAGAAUGCCUCCUUGGAAAAAAAGCCUCUUUACUAGUAAGGGCGCAAGAAGCAAAAAAACUUGCAUGAAGGAUGUUUUCUUCUCUGCCUUCUCCUAAAAAAGGGCCAAAGGGGAGGCUGCAUCCCUUUCUUUCAGUAGCUCUUUUGCUUUCCCAAGGAUAGUGGUAGCUGGGACAAAGCCCGCUUUCUUCGCGGAGCGAAUGAUAGAGAAACUCAAAGGAAAAAACACGUUCUCUCUUUUCGAGGUCCGAAAGUGGAGAACGCAUAGCAUUCUCUGGGCACAUAGGAUCAAACGUAAAGCAGCACUUUCUUGGCGGAGUUUUAGGCGGCAAGAUACUUUAGGGCUUGUUGGAGCUACUAAGCAUAACAAAUCAAAGCCAAAGAUGGAUCAAGGUAGCUUGCCUACCAAGCCGAUAGGCGAAGGGCCGAAGGAUGGAGCAUGCAAAGUCGAUCUCACAUGGGAAAAGAGGUCAGUCAAAUGGCAAGGCAAGGCCAUACGCUUGUUUGGCUCCUUGCGGAGUAUAGCUUACAUCCAACAUCUGAUUGGGGAACGGGGCAACGCCCAUAAAGCUCCGGCAGAAAGGGAAGGCCUGCUGGGCCGUAUGCCUAUGGGUCCAGGAUUCUUCGAAAAGGCACGGUCUGACUCGAGGACCUGGGACCUUGGCUUAGCAACGAAUGAAGGGAGCUCUUCGAGCUUUCUCCGCCAGAGGCUUAUGUAGUGGUCGGCCUUAUAAAGCUCACUAAGCUUCCCUCCCCCUUCCCUUAUUAAAUGAAGUGGAAAGUCUUCACUUAGUAGUAGGCACUCUAUAAGCGACUUGUCGAGUCUACGAAGCUUUGCUUUUUGUAGUCGGCCCGUAAUGCCUCCCUUCA